AUGGCAAGAGGCGGAAGUCGUCGAAGAAAUACUUCAGUUAUUUCUACCCAAAAAAUAGAGCCUUCUAAUGAACUGACAAAAGCUCCUGAAGGACCUCAGAAAAGAAAACCAAAGACGGAAAUACCCAAUAGUAAUGGAAAUGGCGUUAUUAAGAAGGAAAUUAAGAAACGGAAACUAGAUAACGAACUUGAUGAAUCACAAGAGCAUUUGGCACAGUUAAUAACUGACUUUAAUUUAUCGGUAAACGAGUUAUUUCAACUUAAAGAGUAUAAAACAAUAGCAUAUUGGAAUCCGGAUGACUUUUCCCGUGCCUCAUCUACAUCACAGGUUCCUGAAAUAUUUGAUUUAUUUUCUAAGGAACCUGAAUAUCAGAUAUCCUGGGGAGCUGACUCUAAUGAGCAAGACUUAAGUAAUAUUCCGUUGAGACUUCAAAAGAAGAUCAUAAAUGAGAGAGAGCAGAAACUUUUGGAGAAGUUCCCAUUUAAGGAGAAAGUGUUGAAAAGAAGUAGAGAUCUUGAAAUUGAAUUGUUGCAGAACAUUAGACAAUCGAAGAAGACCUUAGAGAAGAGUCAUAUAAAACCUUCGCCACCUGUUAAGCCUUCUAAAACAUCAAAGGGUAACCAAAAGAUCAUUAAGAAAAAGCAAGUUGUCAAACAAGAAGAAGAAGAGGCUCAAGAGAAUCACCAGAAUGAAGAAUAUGAAAGCGAUAUGGAUGAGGGGACGCAUUAUAAACUUAAGGCUGUAAAAUACUCUAUCCCACCCCCAAUAGUAACUCAUCCUUCGCAUAUACCGUCUUGGGUGCCUGAUCCAAAUCAUACCGAAUCAUCAUUUAAUUCUAAGGAUAGCGAAAUCAUUGAUUAUCAUCCCGAUGCAAUACAAUUUGUAUCAAAUUCAAAAACAACGUACACUACGCCAAAUAUUCAGGCUAAAAUUCAAAACUUUCUUGCAAGUUAUAAAUCGGCUAUAAUCGAUGAAACUAGUUCUGGAGAUUUUAAUAAUACACUUGAGGAAUACGAGAAAAUCAUGACCCAACAAGAACAGUUCAUAAAAAAAUUAUAUGAAAAAACAUCUAUUGAAAAACGUCUUGAACUAAAUGGCGAGAAAAUAGAAAGAAGGAAAACUGUUCUACCACAUAGCUCUAAUACGAAACAAGCUGUUGAUCCAUUUAGAUCCCAUGGAGCUAUUAUACCAAAGACACAGGGUGUCACUAUCCACUCUACCCAUCAUGACUAUUUCUUGAGUCAUGGUAUGGCAUUUUCAAGGUUACAUCAGCAAAUGCGUAGGCAACAUCAAUUAAGAACUAAAAAGAUUACACAAAUGAUAGAGCAGCAUUUUAAGAAGAAGAAAGGUGAAAAGGAAAGACUAGCAAAGGAAAAAGAACAGAAUUUAAAAAGAAUUAGUAAAAUGGCAGUCCAAGCUGUUAAGAAAAGAUGGAUACAAGCUAGUAAAGUUUAUCGUUUCUUACAAUUACAAAAAGAGGAAGAAUUGAAAAAAAUAAAGGGAAGAGAGCAUUUGAGUCAAAUGUUAGAGCAUUCGACACAGCUAUUAGAAGCGCAAUUCAAUAAGUCAUCUAGAGAUAUUAGUGAAGUAGAUACCGAAAAUGAAAAUGAAACAGAUGAUCAUUUAAGUUCCAGCUCAGAUGAAGAUUCUGGUUCUCCUCAAAACGCCCGAGAUGAUCUGAACGUGAAUAUGGAUGAGAAUGAUAUGCAAUUAACUGUUGAAGAACUUAGAGCUAAAUAUGCAGAUAUUGAUCAGUCUAUUGAACCAUCGUCGAAAACGAUCUCAUCUGAUUCAUCCAAUCAUGAAUCAGAUAGCGAUGAUGAGGAUAUUGACGCUAAUAAGGGCCUCGUUGCGUUGUAUGGUAACAAUGCUGUUUCUGUAGAGCCUGUUUCAAGCUUAGCAGCUACAGAAUACACAGAUGAACAAAAAACUUUGAUUGAAAAGUUUUCUAAAGAAGAUGAAGGAAUCAGCUCAGAAUCUGUAUCGGAUGAUAGCUUAAAUGAUAGUUCAAGUAGCGAAAGUGACGACGACAGCGAAGUUGAUGAAUCUAAUCAUAAGCAAGUAGAUAGUACAAAACCUACUGGCUUAGCUGCGUUACUUGGUAAUGGGCCUACGGAAGAUGAAGAGGAUUCCAAUGAUGAUGUAAGUGCGGAUAGUGAUGGAAACGUUUCAGACGAUGAAAAUAUGUCAACGACGGACGAGGAAGAUGAACCAAAAACACCGAAAUCCUCUGAAGAUCCGAAGAUGGAUGAGAAGGAAAAUGAACUGGACGUUCUUGAAGAAGAGGUCAAUGGUUCAAAAGUAAGGGAUGUUCCACUUCCACCAUUAUUAAGAGGCACGCUAAGACCAUAUCAGAAGCAAGGUUUAAAUUGGCUAGCAAGUUUAUAUAAUAAUGGUACAAAUGGUAUCUUAGCUGAUGAAAUGGGUCUUGGUAAAACUAUUCAAACUAUAUCAUUGUUAGCAUAUUUAGCUGCAGAGCAUCACAUUUGGGGCCCUCAUUUAAUUGUUGUUCCUACAUCAGUUAUGCUUAACUGGGAAAUGGAAUUUAAGAAGUUCGCUCCUGGUUUUAAAGUUUUGACAUAUUACGGAUCUCCACAGCAAAGAGCUCAAAAAAGAAAAGGUUGGAAUAAACCGAAUGCCUUUCAUGUAUGUAUUACCUCAUAUCAAUUGGUUGUUCAUGAUCACCAGUCUUUUAAAAGAAGAAGAUGGAGAUAUAUGAUUUUGGAUGAAGCACAUAAUAUCAAAAACUUUAGGUCUGCACGUUGGAGAGCUCUAUUGAAUUUCAAUACUGAAAAUAGAUUGUUAUUGACUGGUACACCAUUACAGAAUAAUCUAAUGGAAUUGUGGUCUUUAUUAUAUUUCUUGAUGCCAUCUUCGAAAGUCAAUCAAGCUAUGCCUGAUGGAUUUGCAAAUUUGGAAGACUUUCAAACUUGGUUUGGACGGCCUGUCGACAAAAUUUUAGAGAAGACAUCAAAUGGAACUAGUUCAGAUGUAAUAGAUGAAAAUGAUAAAACUACCCAAAGAAUGGAUGAGGAAACAAGAAAUACGGUAUCAAGGCUACAUCAAGUAUUAAGACCGUAUUUAUUACGGAGAUUAAAAAAGGACGUCGAGAAACAGAUGCCUGGUAAAUACGAGCAUAUUAUCUAUUGUCGUCUCUCUAAAAGACAAAGAUAUCUAUAUGAUGAUUUCAUGUCUAGAGCUCAGACCAAAGAAACGUUAGCUUCUGGGAAUUUCUUAUCUAUCAUCAAUUGUUUAAUGCAAUUGAGAAAAGUUUGUAAUCAUCCAGAUUUAUUUGAAGUACGGCCGAUAGUUACAUCUCUUGCUAUGCCUAGAUGUGUUGCAAAUUCAUUCGCAUCUACGGACUCGGUUGUGAGAAAAUAUUUAAAUGACGAUAGUUUCAAAGGCCAAGUUUCUUUAAAAGCCUUAAAUUUGGAUAUCACAAGUCUUGAUCAAUUAAAUUAUUUCACAUCUCAAACCACUAGUAAAUUAAAAUCUUCCAGCGAAUUAGACAAGCAAGCCGAUAAAUUGAAUGAAUUAAUAUCUGCCUCAGAAUAUGAUCAACCAAAUUUAGACAAUUUCUUGGAAUAUUAUAAAUUUAUCAAAUCAAAUGAACAAGUGGGUAUUAGAGAUAACCUCAAGCAUGCUUCAUACUUGAACAGUUUGAGAUGUGACAGAAUUCCUCUUCUUGGUGAAUCUGUUAUUAAGUUUCUUCAAACAGCAACUCAACCAAGACAGCCAUUUACAGACGCAUAUAACGAUAUUAUUCUUUCAAUACCCAAAAGAGUUGAAAAGAUGGAUGAUGUAAUAGAAAAGUACUCAGUACUUACACCCAGUGUUGUUACAUUAGAUUUGAAGGAUCAAUUAAUUCCUCUAUCAACACAACGUACAAUUAUGAAUGAGGUUGCAAAUAAAAAUAUUGAUAAUCCAUUUCAUAAAUCACAAGUGAAAUUAUCAAUAGCAUUUCCUGAUAAAUCAUUAUUGCAAUUUGAUUGUGGUAAAUUGCAAAAACUAGCAACAUUGUUACAGGACUUGACUGCUAAUGGACAUAGAGCAUUGAUCUUUACUCAAAUGACAAAAGUCUUGGAUAUUCUAGAACAAUUCCUAAACAUUCAUGGUUAUAGAUAUAUGAGACUUGAUGGUGCCACAAAGAUCGAAGAUCGUCAACUUUUGACAGAAAAAUUUAACAGAGACUCGAAAAUUCCAGUCUUUAUUUUAUCCACUAGAUCUGGUGGUUUGGGUAUCAACUUAACAGGUGCGGAUACAGUUAUCUUCUAUGAUUCAGAUUGGAACCCGGCCAUGGAUAAACAGUGUCAAGAUCGUUGCCACAGAAUCGGUCAGAGUAGAGAUGUCCAUAUUUACAGAUUCGUUUCUGAGUAUACUAUUGAAUCCAAUAUCUUACGUAAAGCAAACCAAAAAAGGCAGUUGGACAAUGUGGUUAUCCAAGAAGGUGAAUUCACAACCGACUACUUUGGUAAAUUUUCGGUGAAAGAUUUAGUUAAUGAUGCGGAGGUAGCAGACAUUCCGGACAAACCACUUGAACCCGCUUAUGGUAACGUAGAAAACGUAUUGGCCCAAGCUGAAGAUGAAGAUGAUAGAGUAGCCGCAAACGCGGCAAUGAAGGAGGUGGCUAUUGACGAUGAAGACUUCGACGAAGAAUCAAAAGCUGCCACGAAUACGGCAACACCAUCCCAAACUCCUGGUCCUGAUACUGCUGGCUCUGGAAUUGUUGAUUCUACAGUAAAGAUAAACAACAAGACAGAUAGCUUAGAAGAUGUGGAUUACGAAGAUGGUGUUAGCCAUGUCGACGAAUACAUGUUAAGAUUUAUUGCUAAUGGUUAUUAUUGGGAUUAA